AUGUCACAGAAGAAGAACGACUGUGAAUUAAUUUUAAUUGAUCCUUCAGAUGAAAAUGAAAUUACACCUAUGAAAAUAUUAAAAAAAAUUGUUUCAAAUUCAGGUACUGUUAGAUAUCUAGUAGAAUACAGUAAUGGCGAAUAAAAACAAGAAAUUGAAAAAUAUAUGAAGGAAAAUUAUUAAGAAUUAAUUGAAGAUUAUAAUUAUUUCACUGUUUGUGGUAGUAGAUUCGAUUAAUUAACUUUAUAAAAAAUGAGAGAAAAUAAUAACAAGAUUCAAAAUUUCGAAAAUCAUCCUAAAUUACUUUCAAUAUCUUCUGAAGAAAACCAUCCUAUUUAUAAAAGGUAAAAAAAAAUAGAUAAAUAAACAGAAAAAAAUAAUAAAUCAAACACUAAUUAAAUUUUACCAUUGCCAUAAUCGUUGCAGUAAUAAUUUUAAUAAUCAAUACAAAUUUAAUAAUAAUAGCAAUGUUUAUAAUAAUAAAUCUAGUAACAAAAUUAUUUUAAUUAAAAUGAAAAAAGUUUAAUUAAAUAAUAAUUAAUUCUAAAUUAAUCCUUACUUUAACUAAAAUCAGAAAUAACAGAUAAGAUUUAAUCUAUAUCUUUAGAAAAUGGAUUAUUUUUAAUUUAAUGGUAACCUAGAUCUGAUGGAAAUGUGCCAUAUCAAGAAUAUUAUAAUUAUGACUUUUUAAAAGCAACUGCACCUACUAUUUUACUAUCAUUCCUAGAAUAAGAAUUUUUAAAUAAUGACUUUAAAUUUUAAAAUCUAAAAAAACAUUCUUUUGAUGUCAAUCGAGAAAAUAUUGAAUUUGAGAAUAAAUAAUAAAAUAAAGAUGUUUCAAUGGUUGUUUCUUAAGUAAAUAAAAUUUCAGAAAUAAUAGAAGUUUAAAAAAAAAUUUCAAAGGAGAAUAUAGUUCAUAAAAAAGAUAUGUAAUUUGAAGAAGUAAAAGAAUAAAAUAAAGAUAUUCUAAUAGAUGAUUUUUCAGAAGAUAACACUUAAGAAGUUAUUGUUGAUGAAAAAUAAACUGCUGAAAAGGAAAAGAAAUAGUUAUUAUAAAAAAAGGGUAUAAUUCCAACUUCUAAGCCUCAUGUAUCAAAUUAAAAAUAAAGAAAAAAUAUAGUAGAAAAGGGAUAAGAUUUAUUUACAGUCGAUAAAUCACAAACAAAACUUGAUGAAAAAAUAACUUAGAUAGAAAAAUCAAUACCAAAAAAGUAAGUAACAGAAAAUCAAACAAAAUUUAUGAAUUAAUCAUUUUAAACACCAAAUGAUUUGGUCUAAGUUGAAGAUGAAUUUGAAGUUCUUGGUUCUUUAGAGAGACCAGAUGAUAAAUAGAAUUUUAAUUAUGAGAAAGAACUUGAAGAAUGUUAUUCUGAUGUUGAGUUGCCUCAUUUUUAAUUUAACUAAAGUGAAUAUUGA